UUUUAAUGAGAGCUUCCUUGUAUGGUUGAAAUUUGUCUACUCAAAAAAGAAAAAAAAAUUGUCUACACCCGAUAAAUCUUCCUUUCUUCUUUAAAUAUAAUUGGAACCUUUUAUCAGCAAUCUUGGCCUCGUAGUUGGGUUAAUCAGAUAUCAUCAUUUAAUAAAUAUUGGUUCUAUAUAUGGAGCGUGGUGGAAAAAAGAUGAUUCUCAAACCAAUCCGAAUAUCAAAGAACUUUAGUGAAGAAAAAGAAGCAAUAUUACUGAGUCCACCAACUCGAAUGUUUCAUGAGCCUAACUACAAUGUUUACAUUGUAGCUAUUAUGGGCUGGAAAGUACCAAUUGAGGUUGAUGCCAUCAAAGCUGAAAUACAACGCAAGUUGCUUAAACACCCACGCUUUUCCAGUUUGCAGGUAAUGGACGAGAGUGACGGAAGAGGAGAAAUGAGAUGGGUUCCCACGACAGUGAACAUAGAUGAUCAUAUCAUAGUGCCCCAAAUCGCCGAUGAUAAAAUGGAUACUGACAAAUUGGUUGAGGAGUAUAUAUCAAACCUAAGCACAACAACUAUUGACAUGUCGAAACCUCUGUGGGAUUUUCACGCCCUUAACGUGAAAACCUCACAUGCUAAGGCAACUUCAAUUUUCCGUUUUCAUCAUUCUCUUGGGGAUGGAGUUUCCCUCAUGUCGCUCUUACUCUCUUGUUUUCGGUCAAUUUCUGAUCCUUCUUGUCUGCCGACACUCCCAGUUCCAUCUUCUUCUAAGGGCAAAUCAAAUUUGUCAACAAGCAUUAGAGGAAAUAUUUCGUUGUUGAUAUGGCAGUACCUCAUAAAGUUGUGGUUGCUCAUCACACUUUUGUUCGAUACAGUUGUGGAUGUUUUGCUGAUUACAGCGACAACACUCUUCUUGAAGGACUCUCAAUCACCUUUCAUGAUUGCACAUAAGUCCAAUCGUCAAAGAUUUGUCUAUCGGACUGUUAGCUUUGAAGACAUUAAAUUUGUUAGAAAUGCAACAAAAGCGACGGUUAAUGACGUUAUACUGGGAAUAACACAAGCAGCUUUAUCUCGUUAUAUCCACCGAAGAUACGAAGUUGAAGGCAAGAGGAAGUUUUCGCUAGAACGGAUGAGAUUCAGAGCCUCUGUUACAGUGAAUCUGAGACCAGCUUUAGGAGUUCAAGCUGUAGCUGAAAUGGUUGAGAAGAAUGCCACAGUGAUACAAGGAAAUUGUUUUGGCUUUGCAAUGAUUCCCUUAACUCUAGCUCAAUUAGAGGAUCCUCUCGAUUAUGUUCGCAAAGCUAAGAUAGCAAUGGAUCGAAAGAAGCAUUCUCUUGAGACUCGAUGCACCUUUUAUAUUUUACAACUUAUCCUCAAGUUCUUUGGCUCUCGGGGUGCGACAAGACUUGCUGAAAGAGUUCUAUCCCAAACAACACUAAUAUUUUCAAACGUAGCCGGUCCGCUUGAAGAAGUAUCUUUGUCAGGCCAUCCAUUGGCAUUCCUUGCACCAACAUGUUAUGGACAUCCCACUGGGCUAAUGAUUCAUGCGUGUAGUUACGCCAAGAAGUUAACAUUUGCUAUGGCAGUUGAUGAAGAAAUAAUUCAGAAUCCGAACCAACUUGGUGAUGAUUUUGUCGAUUCAUUUAUCCUUAUCAAAGAAGCCGCCCUCUCAAAAUUGAGAACCAAGGUUGAGUAGGCCAUUACACAUUUGAAAGCUCCUCAAUAAACUCGAAACCUGGUCUUUAUGUGAUGAUCAUUGACGAGUACAUUUGUUAUAUGUACAUUUAUUGCUCAAAAUAUUAUAUUCGGUUACAUAAUAUUGUCGCAACAUCGUCAUGAAGUAGAAUUAUUAUCCCUGUGUGCCUAUGUUAUUGUCAACAAUAUAAGAUACUUCCUAAUAAGA